AUGAUUCUAGCCGGUGAUUUUAACGGAGACACUGUUGAGCCUUUUUACUCGGAAAUUGCCAACUACGGUUUUCGAAGCGCCUAUUCUGCCAUGCUGAACAAUCAUGAGCCGCAGUAUACUACCUGGAAAUUUAAGGGACGCGAUGAAACCGAAAAAGAGUCGUGUCACACAAUCGAUUAUAUUUUUUAUACUCCAAAAGGAUUCACACCUAAAGCUAUUUUACAGCUUCCAACUAAAGAUGAAAUUGGACCUAAUGCACUUCCAUCGAUCAAUUAUCCAUCGGAUCAUUUGGCACUUGAAGUCAUAUUCAACAUUCAAUGA